AUGGAUCAAUUUACAAUUCUUGGUCAAGGGGCUGAGAACAUUGUUUAUCAAUAUAUUGGGGAUGAUCCCACUCUAAAAGAUAAGGUUAUCAGAAUUCGUAAACCAAGAGAAAUAUGUGAGAUAACCAAAAAUCUCAUUCUGCCUUAUAAUGAUACAGAUUGGACUCCUCUCAAAAAGCAUUUCAUAAAAUAAUAGCCAUAUGAAAUUGGAGAUUAAAAAUGCUUAAUUAUGGACAAUCUAUUAUAUAAUAUUGCUUUUGCCUGUGGAAAUCAAACCCAAAACAUUCUUACCCAUUUUAUCAAUGAAAUAAACGAUCCUAAGAAUCAAAGGUUUUUUAUGAUUUCAUUGUUAAAAGCUUAAAGGAAAUUAAAAAAAGAAGAUAAAGAUAUUUAUAAAUGUUCAAAAGAAGAAAUCGAUCCAAUAAUCUCAAAAUAUGAUCCUCGAAAGUUUUAUAAUUGCAAUGUAUAAUCUCUAUUCGAUUCUAUUAUUGAUUUAUCAGUUGUUCCUGACAGCAAUCUAAAAUUGUUUAAUAACCAAUAACAAAGAGUUUAAAAUAUUCCAGAGUUUAAUAUUGAAGAUAUAGCUAAGAUUAUUAGUGAGACCUUGCUUUAAGAAGGUAUCAUUUAAUAACUGAACGGUUUUUUCCAAAUGUUGUCCUAAAUGAAUUUUACAAUUGAGUAAGCAUUUGAAGCAUAUGAACAAUUAAAAUAAAGAAAUCUGACCAAUAAGUAAUUCUCAGAGAUUGUGGAAGGCAAGUGCUAAGAUCCUGAAAUAUCAAAACUAGCCUCUAAAUUAUAGACCUUUUCCUCCUUACAAGCUUUAAGUGAUUUAUCCAUUGUAGGAAGUUUCAGGAAGGAAGGAUCAGGCAAAUUUAUUGAGAUUGGCAAUCAGAAAUUGUUUUAUUAAUAUACAAUAAUCGAUUGUGAUUUAAAGCCACUCAAUAAAAUUACUGAUUACAUGUCAACCAUAGAUGAAUUAAUCAAAUUGAGAGAUUAUUACAAUUCUCUUAAAUGA